AUGGCCAAGGAAGUAGUUAGGGUAGAGGACGUAGAAUGUUCGUUGACCCAAGACAGGCUGAGUGAGUUGGAGAGCUAUUACAGCCUUAUGGCUGUAAACCCCACGUUGCCCGGAGGCCAUGAGAGAGCCAACACUCCUCCUCAGGGAAAGACUACGGUUUACGAGAAGUUCUUGGAAUACGGAUUGCAUUUUCCCCUAAUGCCUAUGUUUAGGAAGAUUGUAGAGGCUUAUGGUCGACCCCUGGCCCAAUACACCCCGAAUCUUAUAACCAUAGUCCUGGCCUUCGUGCACGUGUGCAACAAGACGGGGGUGGAACCAGACAUUUUCCUGUUCAGGUGCUUCUACAAGCUCGUCCGAUGCGGGAAGAGCUUUCCCGGAUGGUUCAGCUUCACCAAGAAUCCGCAUGGACCCUCCAAGGAGUUGGUAGCAAAGAAUGAGAGUUCCAAACAUUGGAGGUCAGGAUUCUUCUACGUGGAUGCGAACUUUGUCUCCCUUUUUCCGUGGAUGUCGGAUGAGGGAGGGACAAUCAGCUUGGAUCCGUGGACCAAGAAGGAUAAGAAAGACAUUGAAACCCGGAGGAGGGACUUGGAGAAAUUAGCCGGCUGGAAGAAGACCUAUACCUAUAGGCAAAUUGCGUCGCUAAGCGACCGGAUCAACUCUCGUAAUCAAGACGAGGAAGAGCAGUACGCCGAAGAAGGGCCACGAGAGGUCGCCCCACCUGAGACGGGGGCAGCAUCCUCUGGGCAGACGACGAGGACGCCCGUCGAAAGUUCCAGGAGGGGGGACUCCUCCGGCCGACCCUCAGGUCACUUGAAGAGGAAAAGGGGAGUCUCGGAGGUCGUGGAGGUGGAUCCACUGUCUUUCAGGCUCCCAGCGAUCCAUGAGUUAUCCUCCCUCGACGACCUCCUGAAGGAAGGAUAUGUAGAUCCGGGUCGGGGUACCGAUUUAUUUGAGGACGUACCCGCGGGCCACGCUCUACUAACCUUCGACCCUCCUCGGGUUGAAUGCUCGGAGUUGCCCGAGACCGGAGCAGCGAGGCUGGAGGAUGGCAUGAGACAGGCCGUGCAGGCAGUCAACACGUUUGUGUCCGUGUGCAUGGGUUUGGGAGAGCAGCUGGCCUCGGCUCAGAGGACGGCCACGAGUGAGGCCAACAGGGCCAGAGACGCGGAGGUCAUGUUCAAGGCCUUGGAAGGGAAAAGAGCGCGGCUGGAAGAGGAGAGGAAGCGCCUGGAAGAGGAGGUUGCGAGGGCGAAGGCACAGCUCGAGGACGCGGAGCUGACCCACCGCCUUCAGAUGGAAAGUUUGCUGGCCACGAGUGUCCCGAAGUCCCGACUGGACACGUACAUCUUGGCAGGGGUCCAGCGGUACCUGGGGUCGUCCGAGUUCGCCCUCGGAAUAAACGAUGUUAUGGACCCUCCUAUGGAAAGGGGGGCGAGAAAGGUCGUUAUGGAAAUCGAGGCGGCCCAAAAGAAGAAUGAGAACAUCCGGCCCAUCCUCGAAAAGUAUGCAGACAGGGACAAGAAAGGGAAGACAUCCGCGGUGCGGUUGCGGUGCAAGUCUCGGAAACACUUCCGGGAUAUGGAUUUUUCCAGUCUCCCUAUUAUGCAGCAGAUUUCCGAAGCCUGCGCCUCUAUUUCGAAGCCCGAGGACAUCCUGAACAUUCCGGGCAGUCCCUCGUUCGUCUUUCAGAUGCCGAGGGGGACAGAAACGCCUCCCAGCACGCCACCGGGACCGGAGGAGGAACCCGAGAUAAUUGCAUCCGCGUCUCCACCCCAAGGGCACAACUCCGGCAGCCUAGGAGGAGGGGAAACGUCCACGGACAAGGGGAAGAGCACGGCUUCAGACUUCCCCUCUCAUCCUGACGGAACCUCUCAAGGGUUGCCCGCUACCCCGGGUCUCUGGGAAACUUCUGGGAUCCCGUGGAUUGACUUGCAGUUGCCCGACCCUCACCAUGACCCUACGACCUUUCCACUUUAUGCGGCCGUAGGAGGGGCUUUGGCAGAUCCGAACGUCGAUAGGGGUCGAGGGCGACUGUCAGGUCUCGAAGGGCAACUCGAAGAGGCUUUGCAAACCUUCCGGGCCUCGGAGUUGCACGAGGCACGUAAGGCCGUUCUCAAGGCGAAGGCUGAGAACGACUGGUUGGAUAAGUUAUGGCGGGAUACGGAGGCCUAUUGGGAAGACCACCUGAAGAAUUCUAUACAAUUGAAGAUGUUGGCUAACAAUCGCCUUCGGACACUCGAAGCCAAGAUACGGAAGAGGAAGAAGGACGAGGGUUUAGCCGAACCCGAUCCGGAAGAUUUUAUCCCCCGAAACUACUUUGAGAGCAUGCUGGUACACCUCCGGAAGGCUUACACCUUGGUCGCCGUGAAGUGGGAUCGUUCCUCUGAUAAGAUCGAGGCUCUUCGGACAUAUGCCGGUCAGCUUCGGACAGCUUUGGAAAGCGCGAUAUCCUUCAUCGUGGAGACGGGGAAGGAGUAUGACUUCGCAGCAUUGUGGCCCGAACCCUGUCCAGCUAUGCGAGACGAGCCCACUUCUCCAACUCGUGAGGCCGAACGCUUGAUAUAUGAGAACGACGCUUUGUUCUUUGAGUUGGGUCGGGGGUCUCGUUAA